GAACUUCGAAGCACAAUUUCUGAUUUGUGUGACAGAAAUUUUACAAAAUAAAAUUACAAGUUGUAGACUGUAGUGUAUAGUUAUUAUUGCUUUUAAUGGUUUGGUGCUACGUUACUGGAAUUAAGCUUAGAAAAUAAGAAUAUUUAGUUUUAGUGACAAUGAGCUUUCUUUUUGGCAGUCGGUCUAACAAAACUUUUAAGCCUAAGAAAAAUAUACCCGAAGGAACCCACCAGUAUGACUUGAUGCGACACGCUGCGGCCACAUUAGGGUCAGGAAAUCUCAGGCUAGCAGUUAUGCUCCCAGAAGGUGAAGAUUUAAAUGAAUGGGUAGCAGUCAACACUGUUGAUUUUUUUAAUCAAAUAAAUAUGCUGUAUGGGACAAUAACAGAGUUCUGCACGGAGGAGUCUUGUGCUGUGAUGUCGGCGGGUCCCAAGUAUGAGUACCACUGGGCAGACGGGCACACUGUGAAGAAGCCUAUAAAAUGUUCAGCGCCCAAAUAUAUUGACUACCUGAUGACAUGGGCGCAGGACCAACUUGAUGAUGAGACUCUUUUUCCAUCUAAAAUAGGAGUUCCGUUCCCGAAGAACUUCCUGCCAAUGGCAAAGACAAUACUGAAGAGGCUGUUCCGUGUGUACGCUCACAUCUACCACCAGCACUUCCCAGAGGUGGUGCAGCUGGGGGAGGAGGCGCAUCUCAACACCUCCUUCAAACACUUCAUAUUCUUCGUACAAGAAUUUAAUCUCAUCGAGCGGCGGGAGUUGGCGCCUUUGCAGGAGCUGAUAGAGAAACUGACAGCAAAAGAGGCGCGAUGAGGAAUCAGACAAGUUAUAACGGCCUCAGCUAGAAGCACACUUGACCAAUGCGGUAAAAAUAGUUAUAUAUUUUGUACAAAAUAGUUGUCAUCCAAAAUUACUUAGUUUCCAUUGUUAAAUUAAGAAGGAUCUCCCAGACAAGAUUAAGGCUCAACUCACACUGGCGCUUCGACUCUGUGCCAGUGUGAGUUGAGCCUUACACUGACUCUUGGAUAUACAAUAGAGUGAGUGCUUAUUAUUCUUUAUUAUCGACCUAUAAGCCUUACAAGUGUAGUGGUGAAAAUUAUGGAAAAAAUCAUCUCUGAAAAAAUGAAUACAUUUUGGCAUAAGGAGGGAGUGAUCUCUGCCAAGCAACAUGGAUUUGUCAGGAAAAGAUCAACCAUAACCAAUCUACUGACAUGUGUACGUUUUUGGUGCAAUGAAUUUGAUAAUAAACACCCUGUUGAUAUCAUAUACCUGGAUUUUGAAUGUGCCUUCGAUAAAGUUUCCCAUAAACACCUUCUUUUGAAACUUGAACACUUUGGAAUAAGAGGACGGCUUCUAAACUGGAUUAGUAACUACUUGAAAAACAGAACAUUCCAAGUUCGAAUAGGUAACUCUCUUUCCAACUGUAAAGCAGUGACAAGCGGCGUUCCACAGGGCUCGGUGCUCGCAGCAGGCCUGUUCGGUAUGUAUGUAAUUGAUCGAGUUGCUAUGAUAAGAUCUCACUCAGCCUUCUUUGCUGAUGAUGGCAAAUUAUUUGCUAACCCUCUUGUAAGCUCUAUUCAAAUACAGGAUGACCUUGAUCGGAUACUUACUUGGACCAAAAACUGGUUAUUAAGUUUGAACUUAACAAAGUGUUGUGUUUUGCACUUAGGAAACAACAACCCAAAAUUACAGUACACCAUUGAAGGUUGUCCUUUGACCUCUACUAACUCACAUGCAGAUCUGGGAGUUCAGAUAACACACAACUUAAAAUGGGAUCAACAUAUUGCCAACAUUGUCAAGAAAGCCAACUCGUUUGUUUACUUGGUUAAGAGGACCUUUCAAGUUGUAACAAUUGACCUUUUUUUGAAAAUAUACAAAACAUACAUAAGACCACUACUGGAAUAUGGAUUCCAAAUUUGGAGUCCAUACUU